UGUAUAUUAUGCUAAAUUCAUUAAUACAAAUGCAAGAACAUUCAAUGAACCAGUUCCUUACAUGGAUCCCAAAAAAGGGCCAGAAAAGCAGGGUGACUGGUGGUCUCAUGGUAAGGCACUGGAACAUCUCUUUCAACCACCUUAUGACACUAAGAGCACCCAGAGGAGUGACUUCCAAAAACCAACCUGUCCAUUGGUUUUGCCAGUCAAACACAGCAGGAUGCAAAAGCCUUCUUGUGGAAUCGUUCCACUUGCCUCUCCUGAUGCAUCAGCAGAACCGCAAAGCAAUUACAUAGAACGCAUCUCUUUUAUACAUCAGUAUGAUGCCAGGAAAAUUUUCAGUGAGCCUAUACGGGGAAAGCGACAUGGAGCUUUUGUGCAGACAGAGAUAAAACCAGGGAGUAGGCCAAUAGUUCCUAAGGGAACAGAGGUAUUAUUGAAUGCUCCAGGUUCAUGCUCAUCAGAACAGUCCAAAAAAACAGAGAAAGGAAACUCAGCGGAAAGCAGAAUGAUGUCACCCAGUCUCUGCCGACAAAAUUCCCAAGAGCCAUUAGAGACUAAAACUCACUUAUCAGAAACAGACGUCAAGAAGGCAGCCAAGGCAUGCCCCAGCAGUCCUGAGAGAAAGGAAAAAAUUUCAGGCGUCUUUCAAACACCUACAGUAGACAUUCUUCUCUCCAGGCACAAGCCUCUAAGUCUACCAAUAAAAAAUCAGGAUAAAUCAGGAUAAAUUACCUUCUUCAAAUAAAAGCGUAAUUCCUGGGACCAAGGUUUGAAUUUUGGCUUCACUACACAUGAGCUGUGUGACCUUGGGUAAGUUACUUAACCUCUCUAGACCUCAGGUGCCACAUCUGUAAAAUUAGGAUAAUAGUGGCUUCAUAUAGUUUUUGAGUGAUGCACAUAGAGCACUCAUCAUCAUGCCUGCCACAUCAUGACUACUUAAAAAUGAUCUAUAUAAUC